AUUCUUUUUCUUUUUAACACAAAUUUGCACGUCUUCUACAUUCUCUUUAUCUUAUCAUCAUUCUACAAACAAUUUGAACAAAAUUCAAACUAAAGAGAAAGAGAAAGAAGCAAUAAUGGCAUUGAAGGAUACAUUUUACAUAUCACAUGGAUCACCAACGUUGUCAAUAGAUGAUUCCAUUGAAGCAAGAAAGUUUCUACAAUCAUGGAAAAAAGAUGUGUUUGAAGAAAGACCUAAAUCUAUUUUGGUUAUUUCUGGUCAUUGGGACACCACCGUACCAACCGUUAACGUUAUUCAGACAACCAAUGAUACCAUUCAUGAUUUCUAUGGUUUUCCUAAACCCAUGUACCAGCUUAAAUAUCCAGCACCUGGAGCUCCAGAAUUAGCUAAAAGGGUGAAGGAACUACUCAACAAAUCCGGUUUCGACCGCGUCGAUGAAGACAAAAAAAGAGGUCUUGAUCAUGGUGCUUGGGUUCCACUCAUGUUAAUGUAUCCAGAAGCUGACAUUCCAGUUUGUCAGCUUUCUGUUCAAUCUGACUUGGAUGGAACUUACCAUUAUAACUUAGGAAAAGCAUUGGCACCUCUUAAAGAUGAAGGUGUGUUAAUAAUGGGUUCUGGAAGUGCUGUUCAUAAUUUGGGAACACUUAAUCCUCGUGCAGGUGUUGCUCCUUGGGCGUUAGAAUUCGAUAAUUGGUUGAAAGAUGCUCUUCUUGAUGGAAGAUAUGAAGAUGUGAAUCAUUAUGAACAAAAGGCGCCGCAUGCGAAAAAGGCUCAUCCACAUCCAGAUCAUUUUUAUCCAUUGCAUGUUGCUAUUGGUGCUGCUGGUGAAAAUUCCAAGGCCAAACUUAUACACAGUAGUAUUAAUUUGGGAACUCUCUCUUAUGCUUCUUACCAGUUUACAUCAGAUUCCAGCUAAACUUGUAUUUUUAUACAUAAAUUCAGUUUUCAGUUACAUAUACUAUCAAUGGCAUAUACUCUCAAUGUACGGUUAUUCAAUAUGUAUCUAUCAAGAUCUGUUGCUUGGAAUUAAGUUACUUAUGUUAUUUGUGUUUGUGUUGUGAAGCCCUUAAAUGUAAAAAUUGAAUUCUGAAUAAAGAAAUUUGAAGUACUUUCCUUAUUGUUGAGAUGUUUGA